GCGAAACUGUUCUGGUAAUUGAAACAAUAGGGAAAAAUUGUUCAAAAAAAAAACGAAACAAAUCUAUCUUGCAGAAUAAGUUCAAUUUACUUUGUCUCAAUAUCAUGUUUCCCAGUGAGAUUGAAAUUUAAGCAGCAUUACUCGUAGUGCAACGUCUUACUAUAAUUUCCCGCCACAAAUAUGGAUGCCACUCAACACUUCCUCGCAUUCACUUUCUUUACUACUGGUUGCCUUUUUAAAAUACAAGCUUUCAGACAAAGUGAAUUGUACUGUCACCGCUUGGUUCCACCUGUAAUAACUGCAGUAUUUUCUCCGUGUACAUUUCCAUGCGUUCUGCUCCUCAGCGAAGUAGACUGGAAGAUUGUUUUUCAAUCGGAGCGUGAUGGAACACCAUGCAGAGGUGGCUUGUGUGCAAGUGGAAUUUGUAAGCCGACGUCGUCGUUUCAAGAACACAAGCGCUUCAAGCAGGACUUCCUCUCUUCGGUCAUGUGUCAUCGUUAUGGCAUCGGUUGCAGGGACACCAAACCUAAUCGCGAUCAAAUUUCAGCACACAAUGUUGGCAGCGACGGAGGAACUGGGGAGCGAAAUGUUGUACUGAACACUGGGCGAAAGCUAGAUGUAAGCGUUAACUCAGGUCCCGGCGGACGCCGUGCAGAGGCGAGCAGUACUAUUAAACACGUCACCGAUGGCGCUGGCGGACAACAUCGUACACGUUUUAUUUACGGCGAUGAUGCCAUAUCUGGCGUAAGAGCCUCAAGUGGCGCUAAAGCUAAAGCUGAAAACGUUCAUUUUAUUGAAGGAGCUAGUAGACUUCGUCGCCAGAGGCGAUCGUUACAAACAACCCAUACUAGCCUUAACGACUCCGUGUAUAAAAAGCUACUGCAAGAAAUAGAUGACGACAGCGAUGAGAUAAUCCCUGUACGCGCAAACAGAGGUGGUAUGGAGAAUUGGGCUGGGCUAGGAAACAGGGGUGGAGCCGGCGUCAGACCAAUCUGGGAUCGCCAUAGGUAUGGCCCAAACGUCAGAAGUCCUUUCGACUCCGGUCACAGCAGUCACAGUACUGGGCGCCAUCGCGGCCUUGGUGGCGGUCGAGCAUUGGCCAUGCUUGCUGCUGCAGGCCUUCUCGCGGGAGGCAACAGCCGUAGAGGAAGCAGCGCGAUUCGUGGCGUAGCGGUCAACCGUGGCGCAGGAACUUACGGUGGUGCCUCAAGUCGCUCGCCCAGCAUCGGCAGCGCUUCUGCGGGUAGCCGAAGCAUUAGCCGUGGCGCCAGCGGCAUUCGAGGGAGUAGGAGGGGGAGUAGCAGCCGUGGAAGUAGCAGCCGUGGUGGCAGUGGUCGUGGAGCUGGCGGCCGUGGGGCACGAGGAUAAUUGGUUCUACGUUGUAACCAGGAAAACGAGCUACCAUGCACGUCAGUGAGGCUCUUAGCUUGGGAAAACCUUUUGUAAGUGCUGAAGUGUUGUGCAGUAAGGCGCCCAAUUCUUCAGCAAGUAUUACCCGCGAUGGCAGUGGUUGGCAUUUCAAGUUUUAUUCUGACAUUUCAAAGAUGCUUUAAAAUUCAUGCAAAUCACGUUUAAGGGAAGAAAAAAGAAAUUAAAAUUGAUAAUGAGACGAAGCGAAUGUGCUUAUAAAAAAAACUGAAAUACGUGAGAUGUUCAUAUUAAGAAUAAGCGCGUUUACCAGAGACACCCUGUGGUCCGAGCCACGUGUAAUAACUGCGGUAUACGGUCGAGCUGCCCCCUGUGCUGCAUAAUGGAAGCGUUCUGACCAUAUUGUCGAGGAAAUUCAUCAGCAGGAUACAGAAAUGAAGGAAAUAGUGUGCUAGUGGCGUUUGGUUUUCUGUAUUAGUUAAU